UCACAUGGCAGCUCCCACUGUGAUCACAUGGCAGCUCCCACUCUGAUCACACAUGGCAACUCCCACCCUGAUCACACAUGGCAGCUCCCACUGUGAUCAUAUGGCAGCUCCCGCUCUGAUCACACAUGGCAGCUCCCACUCUGAUCACAUGACAGCUCCCACUCUGAUCAUCUGAUAGCAUGUCAUCGCCACAACUGUCACUCCCAGCAGCCUCUGCGCGUCGUUACCUGAUUGGCAGUACGGAGCGGAAGCGGAAGUGUCUCCAUGGUUGCCAGGAGAACCGAGUGAAGCUACCGAGUGUCGGCGGCGGGAGAGGGAAAUGACAGCCAGGAGAUAGGAUGAAGUGCCGGGGAAGUAAGAGUGGGAAGGCGGCGAGCAGGAGGAAGAAAGGCGCUACGGACGUUUGCCCGUCAACCAGCCUCCCUCCCCUCGUAGAGGGUCAGCUCCGGUGUUUCCUGAGGGUAACCGUCAGUAAGAUUCUCUGGACAGUGCCUAAGCCCCCACAGUUUGUCGUUGUACGGCUACGUUGGUGGGGGGAGACGUCCGACGGCACCAUCUUCCACCCGAGGGACACUUCGCAGACUGACCAAAAGGGGGUUAACACAACAACCCGAUAUGCUGUUCGCUGUGGACCUAAGCAGCUAACGUCCUAUCUUACAGACAUGGGUGCGCUUGUGGUGGAGGUCAUGACCAGAAUAGACCACCUACCAAUUGGCCGUGCGCAAAUCAAUCAGAUCUCGCGUCUCUCCCCAACGCACCCUCUCAACGGCUUCUUCACAGUUGUUUCCCCAACGUCAGAGAAAAUGGGAGAACUACAGGUGUCUGUGGCCCUGGAACCUCUGUGUGAGACGUAUGACAGCAGCAGAUCUAUCUCCAACACUGAUAUCAGCCUGGACACUGCACUGUCUAAGCCAGACUCGUCACAGCCCAGGAAACUGUCUGUGAUGUCUUCAGGCAGCUUAUCCACCCCCAGGGGCAUAGAUCACUUGUACUUCAAAGAAAACACCGAGCCUAAUAAGGAGGAGCUUAAAAGAUCACAGGAUCACUGGAAGCAAGAAGAUGCUCGUGUAUCUAAAACUGAUCCCUCCAUUGCUAUAACACAGGAGAGAUCUGACGCAGCCAGAGAUGACCCCAGUGCAGCGUCUGCACCUGCUGCUAAGGACCUGCUUACAGUUCUCUUACACCAAGGAAACCGUCUCAGAGACGCCAUAGCCGAAUCUGCCCUGCGGCUGGAACCUAACCUGGACGGAGAGUCAGUGCUGUCCCCUGUCUUGGUUAAUAGAGAUUACACCUCACACGCUGUCAGGUCUUCUCCAGAGAUCCUUUCAUCUCGUCUUCACCAGAACCUCCUGAAUGUCCAUAAAUCUAUGUUCGGUAGAGAUGUGAUCCUGCAACCGGCAGACCACGCUCUUCCCGAGUUACAUAUUUCACAUGAUGACAGGGCUAUAGAGCUGCUACUGGGCAGCUCUCCUCUGUCUCCUGGCCAUUACUGGGAUGGGACUGGGUCACCACCAGAAUCCAUGGCAGGAAGCGACUUCUACAAUGAGAGUGAACUGAACGAUCCACACUAUGACCAGAGCCUGCUGGAGAACCUCUUCUACACGACACCUAAAUCGGAUGGCAGCACCAGCGAUUACAUAAGUGAUGAUGACCUGUCUAAGUCUCAAAGGAAUAAAAACAAAAAUAAAGCGGUCCGGAAUGAAGGACGGCCAACGGGGGAGUCGCCGCGUAAAGCGGAGGCCUCUGGGGCAUCGCUACACAUCUCUGGAACGCACAGGUCUGACGGGCAGUCUGAUGACGCUGCAACGAGAUCGGAAGCCAUUGAUCUGACGAUCGACCGCCUGACUCUUCUGGGUCGGAUGCACGUGGCUCGGGUCAUCGUGGAGUCUUUAAAGGUCCAGCCAGAGAGCACACAGGUCACACCCAGCAAGAGAAGCAGCAAGGGGAGACCGCCGCGGCCUGCUCCCUCCCUGAAACGAACAUUUUUCCUGGAAUUCCGUUUUCCAGUGUCCUCCAAAAACAAAGCCGGACAGGUGACUGCGGCCAGUGAAAUUACCCGGCUGGUGUCCAACAAGAUCGCUGGCGGAGUUGUGACGUUCCAGCAGAGAUUUGUGUUUCCGGUCCUCUUCAGCGGACACAUGAUACAAAACUGGUGGAACGCGGACCUGACCUUCACCAUCUACCUGAGGAAGGGUACCCAGAAAAAGGCUGAGUUGCUGGGUUCCGCUGUUCUGCCUCUGCGCGACGUUCUCCGCUCGGAAGAUCUCUCCGUCUCGCUCUCGCUUCCGGUUCACAGCUCGGAGAAGCAACGGGCGGCGGCUGAUGUUGGGCCGCUGAAGGUCUCUGUGGCCAUUGCUGGAGAGAGCAGAGAAGGCUCGGGUAACCCAGAGAAACUGCCUGGAGCAGUGCGGGAAGCCUCACCCUCUCCUGCCGGGCACAGCCUGAGCAUCGCAGCCCCUGCAGACCUGCCGGACACCGGACAUCCGCCUGAGAAUCGGACAGAGCCACUGCCCUUCUACAAACCAGUCAAACAGAAUGUCCUUCAUCAGGCUCCUACAGAAGGGUCACGUGUGUCCCAAGAAGCACAUGCGACAUCUGAGGAGAGUAGUUUAUUACUGCACGUUGUUCUCUGUGUGCCUGAAGGGAAAGGGUUAACGUGUGGCACAGACUCCUCCUCGUGUAAUCCAUACUUGAACUUCAAGCUCCUCUCUUGCCAGGAUGCCACUCGCUCCGCGGUCGUGUGGGGCAGCGCCCAGCCUGUGUUCAACUUCUCCCAGGUGGCUCCUGUGUGUCUGACCCGUCAGCUGCUUGAGAGAAUAAAGAACAAUGUUAUGGUCAUUGAGGUCUGGAAUAAAGCUCCCACCUCCGGGGCAGACCAGCUGGUGGGGCUGGCAAAGCUCCCCUUGCACCAGUUCUACAUGUCUUUCAGCGAUCGGAAAGUUUGCCGGCUCUUGCUGCAAGCGCAGUAUCCGGUGGUUGCGGUAGACAGCUUUGUACCCAUCACUGACAUGCUUAGCGGCGAUGAGCGAGGCCGACUGAAGGUUUUACUUGCCAUGGGAUCGGGUGACCAAGUGAUGGCGCUGCAGCGAUUACAGAGUGAGGUGGGAUCUUCGGUUCAGCCCCCAAGACCGGCGCAUUUUCUGGAUCAACCGCAGCCGUCGUUGGAGGUUAUUGGACCAUCGGAGAGCACAACUGAUCACGUCUUUGAGAUACACGUGGAGAACGUGAAAGGUCUUACUCCUCUGCAGUCAACGGUUUGGGGGGAGGCGGACUGCUUCAUACAGUAUUACUUCCCUGUACAGUCUACGGUCCCCGGCCUGGGACCAGAGCUACCAGAGAGAGGUAUCAGUCUUAAGCCCGUGCGCACAGCCACCACUCUCUGCGUACCUGAUCCCGUCUUCAAUGACCGGCAGAGCCAUUCCUUGGUUGCUCCGUCAGACACCCCGGUACAGAGGCUGCUGCUCGGUGCAUUCUCCACACAGGGCCUAUCCGGGGGAGGGGGGCUGACAUUCGAAGUCUGGUGCCGGUACUAUUAUCCCAAUGUCAGGGACCAGAUGGUGGCCAAAGGAGUCCUUCCGCUGUCCCGUCUCUGCGCCAUGGUGACCAUGCACCAUCGUGAGGAAGUGGGAAUCCAGGCGUUCUGUUUGCCGCUUACCCCGAUGAGCGAGAUCCCAGCAGAGACUCGCCCUCCAUCCUCCGGUCUACUGAGUGUGAAUGUGAGCUACCGGCGCUCCGUCAGGAACCUGGUUGGAAUGUUGGCAACUCGCAUGGUCUCUAUAUCCGUCCAGAUCCACCGGGCGUCCGGUCUCCAGGCUGCUGCCAGAGUUCUGGCCCAGCAGGACCCUUCCUUUCAGUACAGCGCAGACGUUGGCGUGAACGCAUUCACCGUCAUCCGCCCACCUUUCCUACCGGAGGCGGAGAGUCGCAGCACACGCACAGUUGCUCGCAGUUUCUGCCCAGAGUUUGACCAUCACUCGGAGUUUCCUUGUAGCCUGGUGACACAGAGGAGCAGCGGGGAGGCCUGCAGCCUGGCCGAGAUCCUUCACUUCUCCGAGAUCGUCCUUUCCAUUCACCACCAGAGUGUAACGCAAGUCAGUGCGAACAAACUUCUACCAGCCCGUGACCAUCAGUUGGGUGUGGUGAGAAUCCCGGCUCGAGAUCUUCUGACCAAGAGAUCAGGAAUUUCCGGCUGGUACCCAGUGAUGAUCCCCGAGGACACCAAGUUGACCAGUUUGUCGGGCAUCUUGGAGAAUGUUGUGGGUGGCCUGGAGCUUUCUGUUGGUUUCGCUCAUCACUCAGAUAGAGAACGUGUGCUGGAGGUUGCUCGAGGGCUGGGCUGGAGUGAAUAUGAGGAUGAAGUUGAGGCUCAUUCUGGAGAUGAGUGGCAGAAGGAAGACCUGGUCAACCUGUCCGUUACUAUUCCCAAGAUCUGGCUUCCGGUGCACUGUCUUCUGAUCGCAGGGCACCGACACAUCCAGAAGAGCACUUAUUGCUAUCUAAGGUACAAGCUGUACGAUAAAGAAGCGGUCUGUUCCCCCUUGAAAAGGCCGACGCUUUCUGAAGAUAGCCAGCAGGCAACCGUUGUGUUUGAGCAGUCGAGGAGCAUAGAACUGAUGAAACACCAACCUCUUGUAUGGUACCUGAGGGAGGAGAAGUUAGAAAUUCAAAUCUGGCGCUCCUACGGCAAGGACACCAGUGGGCCGAGACCUCAAGAGACUGACCGUCUUCUCGGAUGUGCCUAUGUGGAUCUUACCGCUCUCUCCGAAAACACUCCUCGGACUCUGUCAGUUAGCGGUGUUUAUCCCUUGUUCAAGCGUAAUUCCCCCAAUCUGUGGGGCGCCGCAGUGAGGGCUCACCUGUCUAUGGGCUCCGCCUAUCACCCUACGGUAACUGCCCGGUGCCCAAGCUCUGCAGAGGAGCAGAGCCUCGAUGAGGACGACGAAGCACAGGACGUCUCCGGGCAGAAUACUGAUGGGGGACAAGAGGAUCACGUUGGGACUAAUGAGACGGAACGGCCUGAUAAUCCUCGGAAGAGCUCCGGCAGUCAGCCAGUCGAUGUCGAUCUGGAGAACACGUUUGCUGUGAAUAUAGUUGUAGAACGAGCGAUGCACCUCAGCCUGAAAGGGAGCCCUCUGACGGAGCGAGCCGUGUCCACACCCAGCUGCUGUGUGUCCUUUCCUGUAGCCGGUGACGCAACUCCUGUAGCUACCCCGAUAAUGGGCAACACGGACUCCCCGACGUGGAACUUUCAGCUCCAAGCCAGGUUGAGCAGAGAGCUUCUUCUGGACCCGCAGCAGACCUUAGUGUUCAAGGUGUGGCAUAAAGCAGAUGUGGAGCGAGUGCUGGGCUUCGCCUCCGUGGAUCUCUCGCCGUUACUCUCCGGUUUCCAGUCAGUGUGCGGCUGGUAUAAUAUAGGUGACUUUGCCGGGCAAUGCCAGGGACAGAUAAAAGUCUCCGUCACUCCACUUGAAAACAUUUCCCAUCUAAAGGAGGAGAGACGGGUGAGGAGCGAGGCUGCUGCAGGACGAUCUGAGGUCACCCCACGUACAUCUUUCCUGUAUCAUCCCAUCCCCCAUUCCUGCGGCUCAUUCACCAGCUAUCCUGUUCCCCACACAGCUACCAUGAGUGAUGUCUACACUACACCCUGCGUCAGGAGUGAUGAAGAACACUUGGAGAACAUGCAACGGUUCCAAGAAUCUGUACGGCAGGCAGAAUGGCACACUCGGAGCGCAGAACACCUGGACGCUCUGUCACAAUCCUCGCGCACUUCUCUCCUGUCUGCACUCAGGAAGAAUAUAAGUGAACUGGAUGAUAUUCAGAGGUAUUUCCACCAGAAGCUGUACAGGAGUCUGAGUAACACUGAGCCGCCCGGAGCAGCUGCUGUGGAGCCUCCGACAUCUCAUCCUGAAGAGGACGCUGAUGCUCAUUUACUGCUGAGGAAAUCAAAUCUAUUGGUUUCUCAAGUCAGCAGCCUCAUUACCGGUCUUCAGGAAAGUCCUAUAUUUAGAGAAUCUCCUCCCAGCACCUCUGAUGUUACCAGCGGCGCUCAGAAUCUGGAUACAGGAAGGAUGGAGAUCUCCAUCGUCCAGCAGGAGGACCAGGGGCGGCUUAUACAUCACCAGGAGCUGUCAGACGAUGAGCGCGAGGGUCACCGUGCAUAUACUCCCCCGUUCUCAGCGGCUGGAUCGCCAUCCCAUAAAGAGGACCACAUGGAUGACUUGCCAGAACCCUCUGGUAGGGAAGGCAGUCCAAUCGUAGAGUAUGAUUAUGAAGAACAAGACCUUCACAGCAGCAGCGAUGAGGAGUAUGAGGAGAAUCUAAUCGAGCCAAGGACUCUUAAUGAGUUCACCACUAUGACUGAUAGAACCAGCCCCUGGUCCAGUAUGUUAUCCGACAUGGAGCCGGGUUUCAUAGAACAUAGUCCGUGGACGGAUGAGGGAACAACGGGAGAUGUCCUGACUGGUGGAAAUUGUACAGAGAGACUUGAUGUGAUCUCCUCUGUCCAUGACUGUGACCAGCCCAACACGCCCAGCUCCACCAGAUCUUGUCAGAAUGCGGAAGAGGAGCCCAGGAUUGUCCCCUAUAUCCAGAAGGAUGAUUUAGGAUUACAAGAGACCGAAACCUAUCGGGGUCCACAAUCUGCCAUGGCACAAAGCAUUUCCCCGGCAUUCUCUGAUGACUCGGAUAACGGUGGGACAGAUGAACUGAGGGGGGAGUCAGAGGUACCAAGAGACAUCCAGGCGGUGUCUGCAGAGACUAUUAGCAGCCGUGAGCCUGACGCGUUUCAUGUACUUGAUAUGGAUUACGAUGGAAAAGUUGUUCCAUCCGGAAACCGGGAGACAGAAGGCUGUAAGUCUGGAUAUCAGUCAUCGUCACACUGUGAUUCCACGCAGCCCAACACCAGCCCUUCAUUGGAGAGCUCAGGGGAGCAGCGAGAGACGGGGGACAGUACCGAUGAGCAGAGCGUUCCUCUACUGUGUGACCCCAUCCUGCUCCCAAACUUCUUCCUCCCGCCGCAACACCUAGAGGCUUCCAUGAGGGCCCUGAGUCUCACGCCAGCCCUCCCAUCAUCCACGGCUCGGACGGCUGAAAACGAGGCACGGAGCGGUAAAGGAAUCCCUUUUCGACGGCGCACUCGGCAGAUGCCCAGGAUGACAGCGGCUGAAUUACCAAAAGAAGAGGCCAAUCGCAUUGCAAGGAUCUUUGCUGCACAAUUUUCCAACAAAAAGUGAUGAUUCAUUUCCCCCGACCUGGGACCACAUAACAGCGACCUGUGUGGGUAUCUCUAGGAGAAGACACUUUGGCUGGCAGGGCAUGCUGGGACUUGUAGGUCCACCAUGGUGACUGGCCGAGCAAUAAAUUGCCUUUGGCUGUCCUGACCGUGUGGGAGCCAAAGCACCAAUAAAAGUCGCUAUGAAUAAUCUCUACAGAUAGCUGGGUCCCCGUAAUUAAUUUCUGACCAUCCGUUUUAGCCCAAGCAAUGCAAAUAUUUGGUGCGCUGGUCCCAGGACCACUAAACUUCAGCAUCAUGAGUUCAUGAGUGACACUGUGAUCCCGGUAACAUGUAUGAUACAUAUGUGUAUUAUAGAACUAUUUUAUUAUUAUAUUUUCUAUCUUUUUAAAUUAUUUGGUCACAUUUGUACUUUUGUUCUACCACAAAUCUAUUAUGUCUUAUUUAUUUUU